AUGUAUCUGAUGACCGCAGUUGCCGUGUCCUUGGCCACUACCGCCCUGGCAGGAAACCAGCCGGGCCUCCUGGGAUUCAACUAUGGCGCCACAAACGAAGAUGGGUCAUGCAGGGGCUACGAUGAUUUCUUACGCUACUUCCAGAACGCGAAGACACUUGCCGGCGCGGAUGGAAAAAACUUCACCUCGGCUCGUCUAUAUACUUCCAUCCAGUGUAACAAUACAUAUGAUCCGACCUCAUCAUGGGCUGAACCCACUUCGGCUUACAAGGCUGCCAUCGAUACCAACACCAACAUUCUGGUCGGACUUUGGGCCAGCGCCGGCAGCCAAAUGUACACCAAUGAGCUAAGAUCUCUUACGGCCGCAUACAUGCAGUAUGGUGAGGCUUUCACCAACCUGGUCAUCGGCAUUUCCGUCGGCUCAGAAGAUUUGUACCGGCAUGCGAGCGGCCUGGCCGGUAAAUAUGUUGGCGUGGGCGCCGACGCGAAAGUGAUCGUAGGGUACAUUGCGGACCUUCGAAGUUUGAUCAAGCAAAGCAUACCUCCCCUGGCAAACAAACCCAUUGGACACGUCGACACAUACACUGCAUGGAUUCUACCCGAAAAUGCCGCCGUUGUGGAAGCCGCCGACUGGCUCGGCCACAACUCCUUUCCCUACUGGGAGUCCGACAAAAACAAUACUAUUGAAAACGCCCCUGACCUAUUCAUAUCUGCUCUUGAUCAAACAAGGCAAAUCGCUGCCCAAAGUUCAAGUGUCUGUGGGAAGGACAAGGAGGUGUGGGUCACCGAAACUGGAUGGCCGCAUGCCGGCGAAUCUCAAGGGGCUGCCGUCGCCUCAGUUGAGAACGCUCGUUUCUACUGGACCAGCGUCGGCUGCGACCUCUUUCAAACGAGCUUGAAUGUCUUUUGGUACAUUCUGAUCGACUCCAAUGCUGAUCAGGUCAGGAACGGCAUAGAGUUUGGUCUCACGAGGAAUAGCGAUGUUUCGCGGCCUGUCUUCAAUCUUAGUUGCUCGAGCUUGCCAGACUCGUCAGGGGGAAAGUGCGACAUUUAG